CACUUGCCCCGUCCGCCCCUCCGGCUCCUGCAGGCGGAGGUGCUGCGAGUUUCCAGGAGGCUGGCGCUGUUUCUGGUGCUCCCGCAGCAUUCGUGUUCCCCAGCGUGAACGCGUGCGGUCUGCACAGGCCUCUCCAUGGCUUGGGCAUCGGUUCCCGGCUGAGCCAUUUUCUUUUCGGCUGACAGCUCCCGCCCAGAGGCUGAGUCGUCGCGGCGGCGGUGGAGAUCGCAGGUCGCUCAGGCUUGCAGAUGGGUCAAGGACUCUGGAGAGUGGCCAGAAACCAGCAUCUCCAACAGGAAGCCUACAGUGAGCCAGGCUACCUCAGCAGAGAGCAGAGCAGGAGAGGGACUUCAAGCAACAUUUCUCAGUCCAGCCAACGGAAACAAGCCCAAGGAGGCAUCGAUAUAUAUCAUCUUCUGAAAGCAAAAAAGUCCAAAGAACAGGAAGGGUUCAUUAACCUGGAAAUGCUGCCACCUGAGCUAAGCUUCACCAUCUUGUCCUACCUAAAUGCAACUGACCUCUGCUUAGCCUCAUGUGUUUGGCAAGACCUUGCUAAUGAUGAACUUCUCUGGCAAGGGUUGUGUAAAUCCACUUGGGGUCACUGUUCUAUAUACAAUAAGAGCCCACCUUUAGGAUUCUCUUUUAGGAAAUUGUACCUGCAGCUGGAUGAAGGGAGCCUCACCUUCAAUGCCAACCCAGAGGAGGGAGUGAGCUACUUUAUGUCCAAGGGUAUCCUAGAUGAUUCGCCAAAGGAAAUAGCAAAAUUUAUCUUCUGUACAAGAACACUAAAUUGGAAAAAACUGAGAAUCUACCUUGAUGAAAGGAGAGAUGUCUUGGAUGACCUUGUAACCUUGCAUAAUUUUAGGAAUCAAUUCUUGCCAAAUGCAUUGAGAGAAUUUUUUCGUCAUAUUCAUGCUCCUGAGGAACGUGGGGAGUACCUUGAAACUCUUAUAACAAAGUUCUCACAUAGGUUCUGUGCUUGUAAUCCUGACCUAAUGAGAGAACUUGGCCUUAGUCCUGAUGCUGUCUAUGUACUGUGCUACUCAUUGAUUCUACUGUCCAUUGACCUCACUAGUCCCCAUGUGAAGAAUAAAAUGUCAAAAAGAGAAUUUAUUCGAAAUACCCGCCGUGCUGCUCAGAACAUUAGUGAAGAUUUUGUAGGACACCUUUAUGACAACAUCUACCUUAUCGGCCAUGUGGCUGCAUAAAAGCACAAUUGUUGGUACUUCAACUCUUACUCCAGACUAAGGCUACCCAGGAAAGGACUUAGCAGCAAUGGGGGCUGCAUCAAUGCUGGUCUCUCAGCCUCUGUAUGCGGUCAAGCUGGAGUGCACAGCCUCUUUUUGUUUCACUGUUUUCUAGUUUAGAAAUUUCAAAACUAACUAAUAUUGGUGAAUAUUUCUCACUUUUGCUCAUCAUGUUUGCACAAAACAGCCAUUGUAUUACACAGCUGUAGACAAUGUUAAACUGACAUAUGCUCUCUAAGGUGGAGUGUUUGUGCAUUAGAUUUCUCUGAAAACGAUCCAUUUCUAUCCUUUAAAAUACCAUGUAAUGUAUGCAUAUUUAACUAAAGAGAUUUAUAAUCGUAAUUAUUUUAUUGUAAAGAUUUUAACUAAAACUUUUCCUUUUCUCUUGAA